GAUUUCAACGUUUUACACUCGACUCUCUCGAAGGCUGUUCCACUUUUCUGCCCCGAUCUCUUCUGGGUACCACCAUCUAGCGCGAGUUUGUCUGUUGAUGUACUAAAUUGUCUAUAGGCUUGGCUUAAGAGCAUUUCUGGGUAAAUCUCUGCCUCCGCAUCGGCGAUACAAUAUCCAUACAGGUCACUGUGGGUCAAUCGACAAUAGGUUGCGAUCGCAAGGCACUUUCCAAUUUUCGUUAGGCUCCGUAUUGUCUGCGCUUGGCUUCUGGAUAGCCAUCCCGCUCCGGCCCUUGCCUCGUUCUUGCUAUAAAGUCUUGUACUUGGUCGAUCCUUUCCUUCCUGACUUUUCGAUUCCUCCACCUGGGUCUCGUCGCUCUUUGGCUGUGUCUAGCCCUGUUCUUCACUCGUUCUCCACGGUCUCUAUUCUUUUGUGAUUCACACCCCCCGGCGGGAUGUCAAUUCUACACGCUCUUUUCCUUACACUCGGCCUCAUCCAGGUCACAAGUCCAUUCCUUGUUUCCUAUGCUUCCGUCAUCCCAACCGAUGCAAAAGAACUCUCUGCUCUACCGUUUCAAGUACCGAGCUCUCCUCAAGUUAGAGAUAUUCUAUCCGCUCGUUCCUCCAAUUCGUCCACGCCUUAUCAAAAUAGGGCCGACUCCGGCAAUGAUUGCCAUGUGAAACCAUACGAUGCUCCUCUUGUGGGUCAACAAGAUUUCCCUCCAUUCGACGAGGACAGGGCUACUGUAUUCCGCUACAGACAGCAGCAAUCCGUCAACCUUGGAUCAUGGUUUGUGCACGAGAACUGGAUGACGCCCUCCGUCUUUAAGUGCGCUUCAGGCAAACAGUCCGCUGAAAUCGACAUUGCCACUGGCUGGGGUUCGGUAUCCAACGCUCGUGCCCUUCUUGAACGCCAUUGGGACACGUUCAUUACCGAAGGCGACUUUCAGUAUCUCGCAAGCAUCGGCAUCAACACUGUUCGGUUACCAAUCGGGUAUUGGAAUCUCGGACCCGAUUUUUGCAAAGGCACACCUUUCGCAAAAGUCGCCGCCGUUUACGAGAACUCAUGGCCGCGUAUCGUACGCGCGAUCAACAUGGCCAAUGAUGCUGGCAUCGGCGUGCUCGUUGACUUGCACGGUGCAGUGGGCAGCCAGAAUGGCCAAGCUCAUUCAGGCGUUUCGGAUGGUGCUACUAGAUUGUUUGACGAUCCUAGGAAUGUUGAAAAGACGAUGAAUGUCUUGAAGUUCCUCACGCGGCAGCUCGCCAGUGUCACAAAUGUGGUCGGUAUCCAGGUCUUGAACGAGCCAAAGUACGUCGAUGGACUCGAGGACUUCUACACCCAGGCUAUCACGACCAUGCGAGCUGUCUCUGAGGAUGCAAAGAAUUUGCCGCUCUAUCUUCACGAUGGUUUCAACCUCAACAGGUUCAGCAAGUACGUUGCCUCCAGGAAAGACUUCGUGGUACAGGACCAUCAUUCCUACUUUGUCUUCGGCAAGAACGACAAGUCCGCGUCAGCUAGUCAACACACGUCGGACGUGAAGAGCAAGGUUUCGGGCUCGCUUGCUACGACAUCCAACAAGCAGCGUCGCAAUCUCGUCGUUGACGAGUGGUCUUGUGCCUUGACUCCCGCAAGUAGCCAGCAGGAGAACAACCAAGCCCAGGCUCAGAAGAAAUUCUGCUCAACUCAGCUCGCAACCUACUCGGGGACCGCCGCCGGUUGGAGCUUCUGGGCUUACAUGAAGGAGGGUUGUGAUUCAGACGCAGGCUGGUGCUUCAAGUCUGCGGUUGGCAAGAACCUUCCCGACACCUUCUUCUCGUACGGCGAUUCUGCCCCUGCCCUCGCUUCAACCAAGGCAUCCACAUCGACAAACCCUUCCCCAUCGAAAGCUCGAUCUUCCAAACGUCGCGGUCCACGUUCUCGUCGACAUAUAGCCAUUGUCCGCCGUGCUAAGACCAACUCCGAGGGCUAUAACGAUGGGUUCCAAGCAGCCAAGACCUUCGCUGCGGUUGGAAUGUCCAAACUCGGGUUCUCUGGUCAGUUUAUUCAAGACCAGCUCACCAAGUCGGAUUCUUCAGUCGACUCCGAUGCAUAUUCGAACGAUUUCAUGAAGGGCCUUACUGACGGUGAAGCCUCGGUUGCUAGCGGGCAGAGUUAAGUUGGGUUACUCCGGUAUGACUUUACGACUCCUCACGGUUGCAUUUUCCUUUGUCUCGUUCUUUCAUUUUGGAUUUGUCUCAUUUCAUUCCUUUGGGUUAUUUGGGCUGGGCACACAAUCAAUGUCUUACUUAUUCACAUACAUGGGGCCUGGGGUCGACCAUGAUGAUGUAGCGAUAGUUUGUAACAUAUCGUUUUGUAUAGUACUAGCUAGUCUGCGACUAGCCGCCUGUGCAGUAGAACUGACAAACAAUCUAACAUCCACAUUCGCUUGCCGAUUUUUUUGUGAUGAUUUACUACGGUU